AUGCAUUUUAUGGCUCAUUAUCUUUCAGAAUUUCAUAAACCUCUAUCUAAAAUGUUAGUUAAAACUGGUUUACUGAUUUGUUCUAAUCCCAAACAAAUAGGUCAUUUAUUGGGAUCUAUAAAUAAAGAAGUAAAAAACACUCUUUAUGUACAAUUUUUGUCCAAUCUAGAGGAUCCUUUAGGGAACUUUUGUCCUAAUAUAUAUAACUCCUGGUCAAAGUUCAGUCCUACAAUUUUUACAACAUACUCUCAGGCUGCAACCGAUUCUAUUAACUUAGAUAUAAGAGUUUUACUAUCCGGACUAAAAUACGAAAUAGCAAAAAUUCAAACUAGAAAACCGAUAGAUUUAAUCAUCUUCGAUAAACCUUAUUCCAAUUGCCAAAUAGAGAGUUUCAUAAACACCAAGCUCCAAAAUGUAGCUAAAGAGUACAACGUUCUUACCCUAAACUCUGUUGAAUGCAACGACCAAGAAAUCGAACCCUAUUCAACAAACGACAAAAAAUAUAACCACUGUGUCCUCGGAGGAACUUUUGAUCGAUUACAUGUAGCCCAUAAACUUCUACUGAGCGAAGCUGCCUUAAGGGCAGCCAAAAAAGUUACAGUAGGCGUAACCGAAGAAGUCAUGCUCGAUUCGAAAAUCCUCAACGAAUUUAUCGAAGACUGCGUUAAGAGAAUGAACGCAGUAAAAGAUUUCCUAUAUGAUAUCUGUCCUGAAUUGGAAUACAACAUUGUCCCUAUACAGGAUCCAUUCGGACCUGCUAUUGUUGAUCCCACGAUGGAGUUAAUCGUUGUAAGCAAAGAAACCGUACGAGGAGGAGAAAAAAUUAACACCAUUAGGAAAGAACGAAACUUGGGCGUUUUGGACAUCAUUCCAGUAGAAUUAGUAGAUGAACCAAAUUCAAAACCCCCAGAGGAAGCUAAGAUAAGCUCCAGUUCCUUAAGGAUGAGGCUAUUAGGAACAGUUUUGAAGCCAAUUGAAGUCAAUAACGAAAUCCCUAAAGAACCCUACGUAAUAGGACUUACUGGUGGAAUCGCCAGUGGAAAGACCGGUGUGACCAGUCACGUAAAGAAUUUAGGAGCGGAGACAAUAAAUUGCGAUUUAAUAGGUCACGAUUGUUAUAAGCCAGGUAAACCUUGCUACGAGGAACUUAUCCGGGAAUUUGGGCAGCAAAUUAUUGCGGAAAAUGGGGAGAUCGAUAGAAAGGUUUUGGGUUCUAUUGUGUUUAAAUGCAAGGAAGAUUUAGAAAAACUUAACAAAAUUGUAUGGCCUCACAUCGCGAUUGAGGUGAAAAAUAUCAUAAAAAAUAGCAGUGCUAAAGUAAUUGUUAUUGAAGCGGCUGUAUUGUUAUUAGCUGGUUGGGACAAUAUGUGUCAUGAGGUAUGGACGACGAUAGUUCCGAGGAAAGAGGCCGUGAAAAGGUUGCUGGAGAGAAAUUUAACAGAGGAACAGGCAAACAGCAGGCUCAACGCUCAACCUAACAAUCAAUUUUACGUUCAAAACGCAAAUGUUGUAUUCUGCUCAUUGUGGAACGUGGAAUACACCAAGGAACAAGUAAAGAAAGCGUGGGAUUUGCUCAUGAAAAGAAUACCUUCAUAA